GUAUGAUUCUCAGACCUCUUUGGUUCCUGUGUCUGACAGUAGAUCAGAUAUGUUCUGGUUCCCAUGGUAACCGCUACCUUACACUCUGUAACCACGCUGGUGAGGUUAGAUUCUCAAAUCUUAUUGGCGGUUAUUAUUUCUUUAUAACAGCAUGGCUAAGAUGAAAAUAAAUCUCUGCUCUUAUGUGUAGCAUUAGAGCGACAGCUCUGUAGGGACUUGUACAGUAUGCCACCGAAUACAGGGGGAUGACUGAUCAGAAGUUGAUUGGAGCUCAAAUCCCAGCUCUGCCAAGCACCUGGGCCCUCGAGCACGGCCCUUAACCCUCAUUUGCUGACUUAUAUAAAUGAAGAUUUAUAUAUACGGACGUCUGCCAAAUGGACGGAGGACUUGUGCUGGUUGCCAUGGCGAUGACGUUCAUCAGCACGUGUGAACAGGAACUUGAAGUACUUCAGUUUGGCCAUUUUGGUGAUCCAGAAUGCCUCGCUCAUCCUCAGCAUCCGUUACGUGCGGACGUUGCCGGGUGACCGCUUCUUCACCACGUCCGCUGUGGUCAUGGCCGAGGUUCUGAAGGUCUUCACCUGCCUCAUCAUCAUCCUGUUCCAGAAGAGAGGAAAUAUCAGGGACUUUGUGGCCUUGCUGUACGACUCUUUAAUGGUGCAGUACUGGGACACGUUGAAGUUGUCGGUUCCGUCGCUUAUCUACACGCUGCAGAACAACCUGCAGUACGUGGCCAUCUCUAACUUACCAGCUGCCACGUUCCAGGUAACCUAUCAGCUGAAAAUUUUAACCACGGCGCUCUUCUCCGUGCUCAUGCUGAGGAAGAGUCUGUCCCGUGUCCAGUGGGUGUCUCUGCUCCUCUUGUUCACCGGCGUGGCCAUCGUUCAGCUGGAGCAGGACGGCAGCAAGAAGAAGGAGACCAUUGACUUGUCCGGGUCUCAGAGCUACGCGAAGGGCCUGGUGGCCGUGGUGGUGUCGUGCCUGUCUUCGGGCUUCGCUGGCGUUUACUUUGAGAAGAUCCUGAAAGGCAGCAGCGCAUCACUGUGGAUCCGCAACGUGCAGCUGGGGAUGUUUGGGACCAUCCUGGGCCUUCUCGGCCUGUGGUGGAACGACGGCGCGCAGAUCGCCGAGAACGGCUUCCUUUUCGGCUACACGCCCAUGGUAUGGGGCGUGAUUUUUAACCAGGCGUUCGGUGGCCUGCUGGUGGCCGUUGUGGUCAAAUACGCAGACAACAUCCUCAAGGGCUUUGCCACGUCCUUCUCCAUCGUGGUGUCCACGGUCAUGUCUGUCUACCUCUUCGGCUUUCAUGUGGAUCUUCUGUUCACACUCGGCGCCGGCCUCGUCAUCGGCGCAGUCUACAUGUACAGUCUACCCAAAGCUGCGGCUCAGCCCACCAGUGCUGGCUCCUUCCCUUCCACCACCUCCUCCUCUUCCUCUUCCUCUUCCUCGCCGACGGACGGGUUCCUUCCAAAGAGCCAAGAAAAGGAGAAAGGAAGCUAAAAGGUGAGGAAGGAAGAUGACGAGAAGGAACGCGGAAGAGCCUCAGGACGUGACUUCAAAUAACAUUUGAUACUUUUUUAUAUAUAACAAAUAUAUUCUUCCUGGAACACUACAGAGGAAAUUGUUCUUUAACAUCGACUUUAUUUUUAUUUUUUGCUCUUUUAAUAUUAACAUUCAGUGAUAACAUACUGACGUGUCCUUUGACAUUUUGGUCCGUUUUAUGGUCGUUUCUUUCAAAACACAAGUGUGUAAUUGGGGAAAAAGUAUUUUUAAAAGAAUUAUUUUAAGUAUUCUAAUUAAUUAUUAUAAUUAUAUGUAAUCAGAAAUAGUACAAUAAUAAUUAUUUAAAUUGUUGUAAAUAAUAAUCAUGAUUUUUAUUUACAACAAUUCUAAUAGAAAAAUAUUAAUAGUAAUAAUAAUAACAGUAAUAAUAAUUCAGAUGUUCCAGCUUCUGGUCACGGAAGCUUUAAUUUUAUUUGAAUUUUUUUCCCAUUUUUAUAUCGAUACUGAAGACAAAACCAAAUGCUGUAGUAAAUAAACAAAUGCUGUAUUAAUUAAAUAAAUUACAUAAGACUAUGCAAAAAAUGUGAAUAAGAUGAGCUCUAAUUGUUUAACAAAAACUGAAUCUAUUUCCAGCAGUGACAAAGGGACGGUAUAUAAUUUUAUAUAAUACCUUUUUGCAACUGAAUUCAUACAAAAUGCGGUAACAUUUUUUAUAAGAAUCUCUGAAGAACAAAGCCUUUUACUUUAUUUUCGAAUGUUUACUGCUACUACAACUGCUUUGUAUCUGACAUUUAAUAUUUCCCACAUUUUAUAACACUAAGCUGCCUCAAUAUAUGAAUUUAUUUUUUUUUUGACCAUUUACAUUUCUGUGAAUUCCCUUUAGGUGUGCAUAAAUGUUUAAUAAAAAUUUUGAGCUAAGAAUUUCA